GAUACCAAUUUAGUAACAACGCAAUUAUAUUAUACUAGGAAUUGAAUUACAGAGGGAGAGAGCUCAUGAAAAGAUCUACACCAGCAUCGUCCUUCUUCACUUCUCUUCUAGUCUUUUUCUUUCUCACCACUCUUACAGGUGGAGUGCUCGGUAGAUCUCAAAAUAAAAGCUGCUCUUCCUCUUGCGGUAUCCUUGACGAUAUCCACUACCCGUUCCGCCUAGAAAGCGACCCAGAGUGGUGCGGUAAGCCAGAGCUUGAGCUCAUCUGUGAAUCAGGAAAAGAUGCAGUCUUGCAUAACUUGUCACCUACAGACAAGUACCUGGUCACCGAAAUAUCAUAUAAUCAAUCGGGCUUCAGGCUCGUCUAUGCCGGUUAUGUCACAGGUUCUAAUAAAUGCGUGCUUCCCAGUGCCCACUUCCCCCUAAAUACACUUUACCUCAUCCAAAUGCCACUUUGGCCAUUUGGUUCGACUGAAGAUGCUAGAGAUCAUGAGUAUUAUAUGUUUGAAGAAUGGGCUAGUUUUAUGAGCUGCAAACAGGAAAUUCAUAGCGAUCUUUACAAGCCCAUCCAUUGUCUUACUGGGGACAAUAACUCGGCUACACACGUCAUCGUUGGCAACGAUGCAUAUGCCAUACGCAACCUCAAGAACUCAUGUAGAUUCGUAAACUUAUUGCCAGUUGACGGAGAAUACAAUUACAGUGACGUGGAUGUAUUUGAACUCCUGGCAAAAGGAGUCUGGAUUGGAUGGUCUCUCACGCCACCCUCUGACAUUUUCGAGUAUUGUUGGAAAAAUUUUUGGUCAAAAGUAUAUUAUUACAGCAUCGAGAAUUCCCCUUACAGGAUGCUUGGUCCCCUCUUUGCCGAAUUAGGUCUUUUAGAUUGCGUCUACUGGGAGGAGAGUUAUCGCAACCAUUAUCACGUUGCCUUCGGUUUUACAGUGGUCUUAGUCCUUGCACUAGAUAUAGCUCUUUGUCUGCUAGUUGGUAGAUUUGUGAUUGCACCUCUAUCAAUUUAUGCAUUCCUCGCAUACAAUUAUUGGAAGACAAUUAGAAAGCCCAUCGACUCAGUUGAAAAGUUCCUGCAAAUCCAGCAAACUCUAACUCCCACACGCUUCGCCUACAGCGACAUCAUAGCCAUGACGAGUCACUUCAGAGAAAAACUAGGCCAAGGCGGCUUUGGUUCAGUGUACAGAGGAUACAUUCUUGGUAAAUUCCCUGUCGCCGUCAAGAUGCUUGUCGGCAGCUCCAAGUUCCACGGUGAAGAUUUCAUCAGCGAGGUCUCCACGAUCGGCAGGAUCCACCACAUCAACGUGGUGCGUUUGGUUGGGUUUUGCUCCGAGGGAUCAAAGAGAGCACUCAUCUACGAGUACAUGCCCAAUGGCUCGCUCGACAAGUACAUCUUCUCUGCCAACAGGGGAAACACGUUCACUGUCGAGAAGCUCCAUGAGGUGGCCCUGGGGAUUGCUAGAGGCAUCAACUACCUCCAUCAGGGCUGCGACAUGCAAAUUUUGCACUUCGACAUCAAGCCCCACAACAUCCUCCUCGAUCGCAACUUCAUUCCCAAGAUUUCAGACUUUGGGCUUGCAAAAUUGUACCCAAAGGACAAGAACGUAAUAUCCAUGAGCGUUACCAGAGGCACGAUAGGAUACAUAGCACCCGAGCUGAUAUCGAGAAAUUUUGGGAUCAUAUCCGACAAGUCGGAUGUCUACAGCUUCGGAAUGCUGCUAAUGGAGAUGGCCGGCGGGAGACAUAAUGUAGAUGCGAGAGCUGAGAACACCAGUCAGGUUUAUUAUCCUUCUUGGGUCUACGACAAACUUGUUCAGCUGCAUGUAAGUGAGAGCAGUCAUGGUAUUGAAGAGAUUGUAAUCAGUGAAAUGGAGAGAAAGUUGUCCAUGGUGGGACUUUGGUGCAUCCAAAUAAAGUCAAGUAGCCGGCCAUCCAUGAGCAGUGUAAUAGAGAUGCUUGAAGGAGACGUGAAUGAUCUACAGAUGCCACCCAAGCCUUUCUUUUCCUCAGUAGAGCCAAGUCUGAGAGAAUUAGAAUUCUCCUCCACAAUUUCAUCUUCUGGAGAAGAAGAACUACAUGAUCAGCAGCAUACUUUACGUCCCAACCAUUCCGGAUUGGCUUCAUCUUCUAUACAACUAUCUGUCAUCUUAGAGCAUUCUUAAACUUAAUAUCUGCAAGUUAAUAAUAUUGACUCUUAUGUAAUAAGAACUAAUAAAUAAUUAAAAUUUUACAUAUGAGAUGAAGUAGAUAUUAUCUCUAUUCGAUGCUCCCAACUGAGUAAUAAUAUGUUGUGACAAUUUAUUGCUUUCUUUGCCUACAUGUAGCUAUGUGACUAGAAUUCAUAAAUGAGACAUACUCAACUCUAUUUCUUU